CUCCAUUUCGCUUACUAAAAAAUAAAUGAAGGGCUUCGUGUUGCCGUUGUUGGGCCUCCCCUCGUUCUCGCGCUGUGGUUUGGACGACCCUUUGGUUUCCCACAACGACUUGUUAGCUGCUGUCGAGGCUUAAACGUGCUUGCAAGAAUUGUCAAUCUACACUACUACACGAAGUAAACAACAAACAAGCAAUCAUGAAGGAACUAGCCGGAUACUUGCUCUUGAAAUUGGGAGGAAAAGACAGUCCCUCCAAGGAUGAAAUCACCGCCGCCUUGUCAUCGGUGGGAGUCACCGCCGAUGGCGACCUGCUCGACAAACUCUUGGGUGAAUUGGAAGGAAAGGAUCUAGGGGAAUUGUUGGAAGCUGGAAAGGAACAGUUGGCACAGUUUGGUGGAGGUGGCGGCGGCGGCGGAGGAGGCGGCGGCGGCGGAGGUGGCGGUGGUGAAGCCGCAGAAGAAGAAAAGGAAGAAGUCGAAGAGGAAGAAGCUGAUAUGGGUGGUGGUAUGGACAUGUUCGGAGGAGGUGACGAGGGCGGCGGUGAUUAUUAAACAAUCUACCGAUCCUUCUACUGUACCUACUCUUACUAUUCGACAACACUAGUACAAUGCUCGCUAAAGUUGGCUCUACUUGGUGCAUCCAGCAGAUUUAUUUGUUGGCUGUCUACUAGCUAGCUAGAUAGAAAGAGACUAUAGUAACCAACAGCGUUAUCGGCAUG